UUCCCCUCAAGCAACCACUACACAAUGACCAGCACUUCAUCGUGGCGCACCAAGACGUUCACAGCGACGACCACGGACAUCCACGGCCUCGUGCUUCAGACGCGCGCCAACUUUGUCACAGCCGACCCGACGGCGUCUGUCGCCACUGUGACGUUCCGGACCGACUCGGACGAGCUCCUCAACGCGAUCCGAAUUGAUGAAGUCGACGCCGGCGACUCGCGCGCGAUUUCCAUCGGCUUUGACCGCAGUCUCUAUCGCCAACGUGAUCUUGAGGCCGCGUACAUUGUUGACAUUGCACUUCCGCCACAAGCGCUCUCGUACCUUGAAGCUGUUGGCAACGUCGUCGUGGGCCCGCGUGUCCUCAGCAAUGCGACAAGCGACAGCAUCCAAGUCCUCUUGACCGGCAGCGGCGACGUCUAUGUCGACGACAGUACCAUCGUCGCCGACCGCCUCCAACUCACGUUGCAAGGGUCCGGCGACUUGCAGUUUGCUGUGCCAUCGCUCCACGCCAACGCCGUCGACGUCUCGGUGCAAGGCUCUGGCGAUUGUGCGCUGUUUUCAACUGUGCUGGAAACCAAGACACUGGACGUCAACGUGUUUGGGUCGGGCUCUGUCUUUGCGUCCGGUGCGCUGAGCGGCAACCCGAGCGUGACAACCGACGUCGACGGGUCGGGCGACGUCAAGUACACGCUCUCGGGCGAUUGCAGUAGCCACGAGAUCGCCGCAUCCGCGUCUGGCGAUGCCAAGACGAGCUCGCUCGCGUGUGCGACGACGAGUGCCCGCGCGUCAGGCAGCGGUGACAUUUACGCCAGCGCGUCGACGUCGUUCAGUGCCAGCGCGGACGGCUCGGGCGAUGUCUACUACGUUGGCCCGGCCGUGCCUACCAUGAGCGGCAAGUACCACACCAAGACACUGCACAGUGUUGACGCCAAGACGCCGCACGCACUGCCGCAGCAUGUCCCGGCGACCAUCCGCAUUAGCUCACACGGCAACAUCUACGAUGAGAGCGGCGUGACGUGGCCCGCGUCGUCGGUGGACAACGACACUCUCCAAUUCCUCGGCCUCGUUCUUGCCGCCAUUUUCAUCUACUUUUGCAUUGUGCGCAAGUGCUGCCGCUCCAAGAAGCGAUCGGCGUACGACGAGUUGCCAAUGGUCAUCGUGGUACCCGGGGCACCGAACCAAGCGCCGUACUAUCAGUCGGUGCCGCAGUACGCUGCGCCGCCCCAGCUCGUCGUGCCGCAAGACACAACGUACGGCAAAGUCUAGUACAUGGAUCCUCCAAAUAAAACGGCAUUUUUCAUGAUA